AUGUACCGCCAUACAAACACCGAGACCAAUUCGUCACAAUCCUCUGAUCACGACUCCACAUCCACAAGAUCUUCCGAGCGACGACAAAGACAAAUUCCUCUCGCUUUUACAAACACAGAGUGGGGUCGUGAAUACGCCUCCAACCCGAAGCGGUCGCAUGAGAAUUUGGAAUUCGCUCGUCAAGGGUCGAGGUUUCGCCCCGAACCAGCUCAGCUCAAUCGGCCGACACCAUUACGUGAAGUCUCGAAUCUUGCUCACGACGCAUACAUAUCAGCGACGUCCCCUCCUGUCUCUUCGGCAGCUACAUCAAGCACCACCUCUCCAACGACGAUCCAAAGCGCUACUCAGUACUCCACCAUGACAGCCUGGAGUUACUUCAGUCAUACCCUCCCACCACGCACUAGGUCUAUCUCGCCCAGGGUCACUGAUAGCGAGAGCACAGAAACACCAAGCCCUGUGCGAAAGGAGAUCAUAACGGCAGGCCCUUGGUUUGAGAUGUUGAUGCGAUGGGAAGAUUUCAAGCAUUGGAGGUUGGGGAUGUUGAGUCAGCCAUGGUAUGCGCAUGACAAACCAAAAAUUCCAGAGUAA